AUGGAGACAUCAACAACUCCACCAAGAGGCAAGAGAGAGUUGUCACAAUGCGUAAAGUGUAGUAAGAGAUUCCCAACAUCGAGUAUCAAGAGUCAUGUCGAUCAUUGUAAUGUUCAAGCUCUCGACGUAAACAUUCGAGCAAAGAGGGUAUCUACAACACCUACCAAAUCACCUUCAAAAUCACCUUCAAAGUCACCUUCAAAGACACCCAUCAAAGAAACAAAGGAGGAAAAGAAGAAGCAAUCUACUACACCAACUAAAUCACCUGCAAAAUCGACUACACCAACUAAAUCACCUUCAAAAUCACCAACAAAGAAACAAAAGACUGGUGAUCAUAUGGAUGAAAGUGCUGACACUCCUACUACUAUUGCUCUUCCCACCAUCAUAUCUACUGCUACUACAUCUGUUACGAGUACAACUACACCCGUUACUACAACUACUAGUACUCCAACAUCGACAACCAACAAUAUUGUUAAAAAGAAAAAAGAAAGAUCUGGAAGAAUGAUGACUAGUACUGUACCAAUGAACAAACCAGGUGGAGGAGGUGUAACAAGAUCAUCAACUAAAAAUAAUAAUAAUAAUGAUAAUAGUUUAAAGAAUAAUACUAGUAUUAUUGAUGACGAUGAUGAAGAUGAUGAAGAUGAAGAAGAUUCUUCAACUGAUCAAAAAAUGAAUAUAACAGUACCUACUACAACUACUUCUACAACUACUACAACUAAUGGUGGUAAUAUUGAAUCAAUUACAUCAUCACCAUCAUCAUCAUGUACAAGUAGUACAUCAUCAACACCAAGAAAGAAACAAUUUAAAAAGACUAGAAAGGCAGUAGUAGAGGAUAUCAAACAAAAAGAAUGGCCAGAGGAUACAGUACGAAACUGGAAGAUUAGAGAGGCACCUGUCUUUUACCCAACCGUCGAAGAGUUUAAACACCCACUCAAAUACAUUGAAAAGAUUCGUAUGAUUGGUGAGCAGUAUGGUAUCUGCAAGAUUGUACCUCCACAACCACGUCUCGACGACUUUGUUGCCAACAUGGAUCCCAAGACCUUCAAGUUCAAAACCAAGAUCCAAAAUAUCCAUCAACUCAAGCGUCGUUGGUCUGGUCCCUCUGAAGUGUUUGCAUCGCAACUAUGCCAAUUUCUCGAGGAAAAGGGUACGCCAUUAGAGCAUUUCCCCAAAUACGAUGGUCGUGACUUAGAUCUGUACAAGUUGUUUGUCGAGGUGAAUCGUCGUGGUGGAUUGCAUGAAGUGACCAAAACCAACUCGUGGCAUGAUAUCCUCACGGCACUAAAGACAACUGAUAUCUGUCAAAGACCAAUCAACACGCUCAAGCAUCACUACAAUGACUAUCUGCUUGCCUACGAAGAGGAACGUCGUCGUCUCUACACCAACCUUUUAAAAAAGGGUUCCAAUGGAAAGAAAAUCAAAUCAUUUAUCGAUACCAUUAUUGAUGAAUGUUCAUCACAAGAAGAUUAUCAUGAUACCGAAAAUGAUGAUGAAGAUGAUGACGAUGACCGUGAAGAUGAAGAGGAUAGUGAUGACAAUGAAAUAGAAAAGAAACAAUCAAAAGGAACGGCAGAGGAUUUUGGAUUCUAUGAAGGCAAUAUAUACACUUUGGAAGAGUUUGAAAACUUGUCUAUCAACUUUUCAAAGAAAUGGUUUGCCGAAGGAGACAAUACACCAGAGGCAGUAGAGAAUGCAUUCUGGCGUGUCGUAGAGUAUGGUGAUGAAAAUGUUCAAGUACAUUAUGGCAGCGAUCUCGACGUUCGAUCACACAAGAGUGGGUUUGAACGUGUCGUUGAAUCGGAGCGUGGCGGUCAGUGUAGUGACGGACGUCACUGGAAUCUCAACUCUUUGCCCAAAAUGGAAGGAUCAAUCUUUUCUCACUUGGAAGAGGAGAUUGCCGGUGUAACCGAUCCAAUGAUGUAUAUUGGUAUGUUAUUCUCUUCGUUUUGCUGGCACAAUGAAGACAACUAUCUCUACAGCAUCAACUAUAUGCACAAGGGUACAUUCAAGACUUGGUACGGUGUACCUAGUGAUGCUAGCGAACGUUUUGAAAACAUUAUGCGUCAACUCCUUCCAAAACUCUUUGAAAAGACUCCCAAUCUACUGUACUUGCUCAUUACGAUGGUGUCACCAGAGGUGCUCAACAAAUACGGUCUCCCUGUCUACACCACGUUACAGGGACCGGGCGAGUACGUCAUCACCUUUCCACAGGCCUAUCAUGCUGGCUUUAGUCAUGGAUUUACGGUUGCUGAAGCUGUCAACUUUGCACCGGCCGACUGGAUCCCAUACGGUGGCAAGAGUGUCGAGCGUUACAAACAGGUCAAGCGUCCAUCUGUCUUUUCACUCGAACAGUUCCUUCUCGAUAUUGCCCGGUCCACGCCCUCGAGAGAACUCAUCAACUGGCUCUUGCCCGAGUUGCGUCGUAUCCGAGACUUGGAAGCAACACAAAGAAAACAACUUGAAAACAAGGGUUACCAAUCCGAGGAAUUGACCACCCAAGAAAAAGAAAAUUUAGAACAAGAUAUCAUUCAAUGUAGUAUAUGUAAAUUUGAUUGUUAUCUUUCAUAUAUUCAUUGUCAAAAUUGUUGUAAUAUCAAUAAUGUAAAUAAGAAAAAAGAUAUGGAACAAGAUGAAAUGAUGAAUGAACAAGUAGAAGAGGAAGAAGAAAAGAAGGUAUUUUGUAUGUUGCAUGCAUGUAAAUGUGGAAAUGGUAAAUCGAAAAUUAGAAUCAACAAGACAAUUCAAGAAAUCGAUCAAGUCAUUCAAUCAUUACAAACGUUGAAACAAUUCUAUCAACAACAAAUCCAAACACCAAACAAAAAGGGUGCAGUCAAUCAUGACAGUAAACCAAUUUACAAAAUGCCGUUCCCAUCAUCUGUUCAAUUGGCUCAACCUCCAACUUUAAAUCCAAUCUUUUUUAAAAAAAGAAAGAACUAA